AUGGAUGCCAACUUACUGCAUUGUCUUUCUUCAGAUCAAGCUUAUUUAUCUCAGAUAUCGGAAAAUCAAUUAGAAAAUAGUAUUUUUAAUACCACGCUUUCUCGAUACCAGAAUGCGCGUGAAUUACUGUCCUUGCGUUCGGGUUCAGAGGCAGCAAUAAGUAGAUUUGGCAUUGGUUAUGCAGGUUUUGGUAAUGGAUGGACCUCCGCUAAAUCAAAAGUUGUCUACCCUAACCAUAAAAAAAGAGUGCGAGGUCGGUAUUGCUAUUCAUUUGACAGGAGGACAAAUGGUACUCAAGCUGAACUACCGGUGGAUUUAGUACCAAUAAGACUUGAGAUCGAUGCAGAUAGAUAUAAAUUAAGAGAUUCAUUUACCUGGAAUGUCUAUGAUAAAUGCGUUCCUUUAGAUGUUUUUGCCGAGCAGCUAUGUUUAGACUAUGACAUUCCUCCAAAUCAUAUGCAUAUGGCACAAAAUAUAUCGAAAAGUAUACAAUCACAAAUUCAGGAUUACCGGCCUAUUCGACAAGCUCUUGAUUCGUCAUUACAGGCUAAAUUGGAAGAUCCUUUUCAACGGCGGCAUCUUUCAUUAUCAGAAGGAGUUUCAACAGACGUAUCAGCAAAUACAAGAAACGACGAAGUUAGUAAUUGCAAUACAGACCUUCGUUUUAUGGUAAACCUUGAUAUUACGAUAGGACGUUUAAACCUCGUGGAUCAAUUCGAAUGGGAUCUAUUUUCACCAUCUGGUAGUGCCGAGGAAUUUGCUUCAGUUAUGUGCUUCGAUCUUGGAUUAAGUGGAGAUUUUUGUACCGCAAUUUCGCAUUCUAUUCGUGAACAAUCGCAGAUGUAUUUGAAGUCUCUGGUUUUGGUUGGUUAUACGUUUGAUGGAAAAGAAAUUGACGACGAAGAAAUAAGAUCUUUUAUGUUACCUUCUUUGAAAGAAGCUUUUCGUUGGAAAGACAUGAACGCGAAAUCUUACUCUCCGAUGGUGUAUGAAUUAUCUGACGCUGAAAUGGAACGCCAGGACCGUGGAUACGACCGUGAAGCCAGAAGGAUGAGAAGACGACAAGGACGCGCGAAACACGGCGUGGCACUUCCUGAUUUGAAUGAUAUUCCGAAAAUACAUAGAACGUCCUAUAGAAACUCAUCUGUUCCUUUUGAUGAUGAUUGGAACCAAAUGUAUGCUGAUGCAAUUGCACAGAAACAAGCAACGCUUAACUAUCAAGCUUUCAUGGCCCCAUUAAAGGAAAGUCUAGUUCUUAGGCUUAAGUUGUCACCAGAAAAACUUAAACAGUCUCUGGAUCGUUCCUCAAGCUCUUUUAAACUCACGCCCUCAUUUUUGCCGCAAUCACAUCCCCCCAACGCUUUACAACCUGGCUACCCUUCUAUUGAAAGUGACACGCUAGUUAAUUCUACAAUUAAUCCAUACUAUAAUUCUUCUUUGGCUUCGCCAAAAUCAACCGAAAUUUCAACGAUACCUCAAACGCAAGGAAAUCCCUUACCGAACUUCACCCCAGAUUGGGUAAAGCAGUGUGUCGAAGAAAUAAAUUACAAGUAUCCUAAUGAAAAGUUUGAUCUCAUGAUAAAGCAAGCUGAAAAUCCUGCUGAGCAGAUUUUUGUACGGAUUCGUUGUCAUUACUGCACUAACGAGAUUUUUUCUGCUGGUCCCGGAUUGUCUUUUGGAAAUUUUGAAAUUCAUUUGCUUUCUAAGGCUCAUCAAUUAAAUAGAGAAUCUCAAAUGCUGCAGUAA